AUGCUAAGGGUCUCGUUUAACUAUAUUGAGGAUUAUACUUCUCUACCCACUGGACAGAAAGGAGAAAAGAGAGGUACACAGCUAGAUACAGAAGAAAAUUUAUAUAGACAUGUGGUGGUUUUGUCCUCUUGCGAUCGACCCGUCUGCCAACGCGGACUGCCAGCGCGCGUUCCCAUAUUACACUAUAUACUACUUAGGCCCCUACUACUAGCUGGAUCUAAAAGACUUUUGGUAACCUUUACAGAAAAAGGUAGUGUCUUGGAGAGCCACAAAGACGUUCUAGAUAAAAUUCAGGAUAAGCUUUACAUAGAAGAUCAGCAAAAGCAGGAGAAAGAAAACCGUAAAGGCGGUAAAACUUUCGGUGGCAAACCGCCCUAUCCGCCUAUCAAUAUUAAUACGUUGCUAUUAAAGAAUACGGUAUGUGAUAUUGCUUUAUUAGAUGGCUUCGAACUGGAGCACAUCUAUAAGGAUUAG